UGAAUAAAAUGUUCUCUUAUGAGUAGGAAAAGUGUGAGAAAGGAAGAACUAAACACAUGAAAAAUACACAUACAACAAAAAAAAAAAAAAAAAAAAAAGGAAAGAAAAAAGAAAAAUACACAAACCCAUAAUCAUUUAUAUUAAAAAAUAUAAGAUUGUAGAAGAUAUCAGGGGCUUUAAUUCUUCAUGCAAAAAGAAAUUAAAUGAAACAAAAAGAAAUAAACAAUGCCAAUCUCAUUAUUUAACAAUAUAUACUAAUAAGGCAAUUUUAAUUUUAAUAAAAAAAAUAGGCUAUACUAAUAAAAAUUGAUCCUUGUAACCUUUCAGUGUAGCCAUCCAAUCCUCUCCGCCAUUUCUGCGUCCCGAAAUCCGGACCUCCUCCAAAAUCCUAAAUACACCAUUGACCGAAAAUUCACCGUUUUUGCAGUUACCCAAAAAAAAAAAAAAAAAAACCCACUUUGAGCCUCUACUGUUGAUUUUGCAAUAGAUUUUCCGACGUUCAAUUUGACAUUUUGAAGAACACCCUUUACUCAAUGCCGUAAAAGAUGACAUCUUGUUCCAGAAAUUAACGUUAUGAUCAAUGACAUUAGGCACUUUCAAGCACCAUCUAUGCAGAUUUUUUUUGCUGUUGAUCCAUGAAAGCUUCCUGUUGAUGUUCAAAGUCUAGCUUGGAUAUUGCUUAUGUAACAUAUAUAUAUAUAUAUAUAUAUACUCGGUAAAUCAUUAUCAUAUGGAAUUUGCAAAUUUGAAUUCAGAACCUUUUGGUUUACGUGUAUUUAAUACACAAUUCUUGGAUGGCUGCUUAAUAAAUACAGUUUUUUGAGAUGGGGAACUUAAGGAGCUUCAAGUGAUGGAAAUGAAUGAAUUGAGGAUUAAACUCCAUUGGCUUCCACAUGUUUUCUUGUUUCUCAUUGUUGUUUUGAGCUUGUUGCCGAGCACACAUUGCGUGAACGGGAAUGAUUACAGUCAAACCAAAAACCCAGCUGUGCUUCCCAUUGUUACGGAAUUGAUCUACAACAGGCUUUCAAAUCUCUCUACUAUUUUAACAAAUGAUAUAAAAAAGGAUUUGCACUUCUGCAUAAAGAAUGUAGAGUCUGAUUGGGAUGAAGCAUUCAAUUUCAGAGGAAAAUUGGGUUUCUUGUCUGAUUGCAUUAAGAAGACGAAAGGAGAUCUCACAAAUCGACUAUGUACAGCAGCAGAAAUAAGAUUCUACUUCAAUAGUUUCCUUGAUAUGAGGGAUAAAGAUUCUUCAUACUUGAAACCAAACAAGAACUGCAAUUUGACAUCAUGGAAAUCCGGGUGCGAACCAGGUUGGGGUUGUAGUAUCGGCAAUGAUAAGAAGCUUGACCUCAAAUCUACAACCAUUCCUUACAGAACUCGGGAUUGUCAGCCUUGUUGUGAGGGUUUCUUCUGUCCCAUGGGUCUUACUUGCAUGAUACCUUGCCCAUCAGGUUCUUUCUGUCCGCUUGCUAAACUGAAUAAGUCGACUGGACUAUGUGAUCCAUAUGGUUACCAAAUACCUCCUGGACAACCAAAUCAUACUUGUGGCGGUGCAGAUGUUUGGGCUGACUUAGGGAGUAGCAGUGAUAUUUUCUGUGCACCAGGUUCAUACUGCCCCACUACCAUAACUGAAGUUGGUUGCAGUAAAGGACAUUACUGUAGAAUGGGUUCAACUUCCGAACAACCAUGCUUCCAGUUGGCUACCUGCAAUUCAAAGACUUCAAACCAAAAUAUCCGUGCUUAUGGGGUCAUUCUGAUUGUAGCACUGAGUAUGCUGCUAGUCAUUAUAUAUAACUGUUCUGAUCAAGUUCUUAGUACUCGAGAAAGAAGACAGGCAAAGUCCAGGGAAGCUGCAGCAAGACAUGCAAGAGAAACGGCACAAGCACGUGAAAGGUGGAAAUCUGCAAAAGACAUGGCCAAGAAGCGUGCAGUAGGUUUGCAACAACAGCUAUCACACACGUUUUCUCGCAAAAAAUCAACAAGGCAACCGGAUUGGAAGGGUUUGGGUGACACAACAUCUGUGCCAUCUGAUAAUUCUUUACCACCUUUGCAUCCAGGCACUUCAAGUGCACCUCAGCAAUCUGCACCGGUUUCAAAAGGAAAGAAAACAGAACCAAGCAGCCUUACAAAAAUGUUACGUAAAAUUGACGAGAAUCCAAAUAGUCAUGAAGGCUUUAAUUUGCAGAUUGGAGACAAAAAUAUUAAAAAGCAAGCUCCAAAAGGUAAACAAUUACACACUCAGAGCCAAAUAUUCAAGUAUGCCUAUGGGCAAAUUGAGAAGGAGAAAGCAAUGCAGCAGAAAAACAAGAACUUGACAUUCUCAGGAGUAAUUUCAAUGGCUACUGAUGUAGAAAUCAAGACCAGACCUGUGAUUGAAGUGGCUUUUAAAGACCUAACUCUCACUUUAAAGGGGAAACAUAAGCAUCUCUUGAGGUGUGUAACUGGGAAGAUCAUGCCUGGUCGAGUUUCAGCUGUCAUGGGUCCUUCAGGGGCUGGGAAAACGACAUUUCUUUCUGCUUUAUCAGGAAAAGCAACUGGAUGCACUACAACUGGUUCAAUCUUCAUAAAUGGAAAGCUGCAGUCAAUGAAGUCAUACAAGAAAAUUAUUGGUUUUGUACCGCAGGAUGAUAUUGUGCAUGGGAAUUUGACAGUGGAAGAGAAUCUUCGAUUCAGUGCAAGAUGCAGACUAUCUGCGGACAUGCCAAAACCUGAUAAGGUUCUGGUGGUUGAAAGAGUUAUAGAGGCUUUGGGACUGCAGGCAGUGCGGGAUUCCCUUGUUGGGACAGUGGAGAGAAGAGGAAUAUCUGGAGGUCAAAGGAAGCGAGUAAAUGUUGGGCUAGAGAUGGUCAUGGAACCCUCAUUACUGAUCUUGGAUGAGCCUACAUCUGGUUUGGAUAGUUCAUCUUCCAAUUUACUUCUUAGAGCACUACGACGUGAAGCUCUUGAAGGGGUAAACAUAUGCAUGGUAGUUCACCAGCCGAGCUAUUCCCUGUUCAAGAUGUUUGAUGAUCUAAUACUCCUAGCCAAAGGUGGUCUUACUGUAUAUCAUGGUUCAGUAAAGAAAGUUGAAGAAUACUUUUCAGGAGUUGGCAUCAUCGUACCAGAACGUGUUAAUCCCCCAGAUCACUACAUUGACAUUCUAGAGGGUCUAGUCAAACCAAGCUCCGGUGUGACCAGUGAACAACUUCCAGUCAGAUGGAUGCUUCACAACGGGUACCCAGUACCCCCAGAUAUGCUGCAACUUAUUGAUGGAGCUGGUGCCUCAUCAAGUAGUGAUGCAAGUACUGAACCAGCUUUUGCAGGAGAAUUCUGGCAGGAUGUGAAGUACAAUGUUGAGAUGAAAAAAGAUCAUAUGGAUCACAACUUCUUAAAGUCUCCGGAUUUAUCCAACAGAAGAACUCCUGGUGUACUUAGACAGUAUAGAUAUUUCCUUGGAAGGGUUGGUAAGCAAAGGCUAAGAGAAUCCAAAAUACAAGCAGUUGAUUAUCUGAUUUUAUUAAUUGCUGGAGCCUGCUUAGGGACCCUUGCUAAAGUGAGCGAUGAAACAUUGGGGUCCACCAGCUAUACUUACACUGUAAUUGCUGUUUCACUACUAUCAAAAAUUGCGGCUCUGAGAUCAUUUUUGGACAAAUUACAUUACUGGAGAGAAAGAGCAUCAGGGAUCAGCAGUCUGGCGAAUUUUCUGUCCAAAGAUACAGUAGAUCAUUUCAAUACCAUUGUCAAGCCUUUGGUUUAUCUAUCUAUGUUCUAUUUCUUCAACAAUCCCAGAUCAUCCUUUCUCGACAAUUACAUUGUUUUGGUUUUCCUUGUGUACUGCGUGACUGGCAUAGCUUAUGCACUUGCCAUUUACCUUGAUCCAAGUCCUGCACAAUUGUGGUCAGUGCUUCUUCCAGUUGUUAUGACCCUAAUUGCAACCCAAGAUAAAGAUAGCAAAGUUGUGAAGGUUUUAGGAAGAUUCUGCUACACAAAGUGGGCCCUAGAAGCUUUUGUCAUUGCAAAUGCUGAAAGGUAUUCCGGAGUGUGGUUGAUAACCCGCUGCGAUGCAUUGUACAAAAGUGGGUAUGAUCUUCACGAUUGGAACCUUUGUCUAGCCAGGCUCUUCCUAUUUGGUUUACUUAGUCGUGUGGUGGCUUUCUUUCUAAUGCUGACCUUCCAAAAGAAGUGAGUUUUGUGUUUUGGGAAAAAAAAAAAAAAAAAAAAAUAGCAGUCAAUUUUGAAAAACACUUGGUAGCAUAGUAAAUUAAUCAGCAGUAGGGGUUCACUUAGCCACCUGAAGGAAUACAACUUCUCUUUAGCAAACAUGAAUUGAUGGCUAAUGAUAUGUAAUAUUGUAGCAAGCUCUUUACAGUGCAAGUAGACAAUACUGACACAAUUUGCUAUGUACAGAAAGAAGAAAAAAAUGGAAAAAAGAAAAAGAAAAAGAAAAUCAGCUUGAUUAUUCCUUUACA